GCGAUUCACGAAUAAUCAAGCUGAUUGGUUAUGUUUUUUUUUGAACUUCGGACGAUACGAAAAUAAAUUAAUGGUGUCGUAAACGAUUGCUGUUGCUACCAGUAUAAGUAAUUAAUAUUUUGCAACAAAAAGAACAUUUCAACGCGGUGUUCGAACAAUAUAAAUUACGAUGCAUCGACGAGAACGUCUACGAUAAAUCGUGUUUCGUGAAAUAUGAAAAAAGGAAUGUGAACGAGAAUAAAGAACUUAUUGCAUAAAAGACACUGGAAAUAUGUCGUCUUCGUCGGAAAAUAUCGCUUUGAAACAGCCUAUUAGGCGUUUGGAAAUUCAAAUAAAUAAUUUCAACGUCGCUAUACCACAUCAUGUUGGUUUGUUGCAACGACACAAAAGUAACAUUCAGAAAUAUCAAGCCCAACAUGACUGGGAGAAAAUGUACAAAGAACAUAUGAAUGUAUCAAGGAUCAUAAAACAGCUUAAAGAAUUAUUAUACCAGAUGGAUACUCUUAGAGCACAAGUUUUAGAUUCAGACAUUAAUCAAUUUGAUAAACUGACUGGUAAUGCUCGUUCGAGUAUCAUGAAUGCAGUAAAUGAAUAUUUAGAGUUGCAGUUGAAUUUGCCCAUUUCACCACCAGAUUUACCCAAAAGUAAAGAUCAAGCCAAAGAGCAUCCACUUGACAAUAGAUAUGUCCAGUUGCAGGAAGAACAACAAGAGUUGCAGCGUCAGCAGGCAUGUCUGCAUGCCUGGAACUCCCUACAAGGAGAUAUACAUCAUUUGCAUCAGUUGUUUGUUGAUUUUAACAAAAUUGUGGAUGAUCAAAAAGAACUAGUGAAUACUGCAGAAGAUGAUAUAGAAGAAACACAUGUAAAUGUAAUAGAGGGGGGAAAGUUCCUUGAGAAAGCUGCAAGGUACAAGGUUGCUAUGUACCCUAUAGCAGGAGCUGUGAUUGGAACUUGUAUAGGGGGACCAGUUGGUUUAAUAGCAGGAUUGAAAGUUGGUGGACUAACUGCACUAGGCUGUGGCAUUUUAGGAUUUACUGGAGCAUCUUUACUAAAGAAGAAGGAAAUAGAAAUGCAAAAAUCAAGAAGUACAAUGAAACAAAGUUUGACUGAACAGACUUCUGUACAAAAAUCAACAUCGUUGCCUGAAAAUUUAAAUGAAACUAAGAAAGAGUUGUGACCCAUGUCGAAAUGUAAUAGCAGCAUUAAGACAAAGAAAAAAAAUGUCUGCAUUAUUGUCUAACUCCAAAACAUUGAUACCAACAGUGCAAUAUAUCAUUUUUAGAAUUAAGUGUUUGAUAUAAAAUUUAAGUACGUAACUAAAAUUACCAUGGAUCUGAGGCCUAGAUAUUGCUAUAAAGAUGGCUUGUAAUUUGCUAUACAUUUUUUCAACUAAAUAACUUAUCAAAGUUUUUAAGUCAAAUGUAUACUAUGAGAAAAAAUAAUGUUAAAUAAGCAUAUAAAUAAGCGAGAAAUCCGCUGGGACCAAAGUUUAUUUUUAAGAUUGCAAAGGUCCUAGUUAACAAUUUCUCUAAGUCGUUAGAAAUAUUAGAUUUGUUGGUUAUAUGGUUGUACAAUGCAUUAACAUCUAUGAAUUAUUCUUGACAUUGAUAUUAACGAAACGAAUACGAUUGACUGAUUAGAAUUACGUUAUUGCAAGUAUGUAUUAUGUCAACGACAUAUAUGAUAUAUAUAAUUUAUCCACGAAAUGUACUUACAAUAAUGCGAAAGAAAGUUGUAUUUUAUCCUCUUGUUGAAGAUUUGUCGGAGCACUCGCGUCACGUAUUUUCGAUGCUUAUCGCGUGCCUCGCGUUUACACAAAACGUUAGAGUCAUUAAUUGUACACAAAAUUGAGAGAUUAUUAUUGCUUGUAAAUAAUUUUUGCAAAUAAAAUGUUCAACUCUA